CAAAAGCCCUAACCAAGCAGACCCUUUAACCCUAGUUUCCAGUUCCGGUUCCCCUAACCCCCCCAAAUUUCCACUCUUCGUCUUCUUCUUCAUCUUCGUCUUCUCUCUUAACUCAUUAGGAUCAGAGGCUAGCAGGGUGGUACUGUACUAGUUCCCUCCACUUUUCUAGAAAACUAUUUAGCCAGUCCCUGAAACAUUUGCAGCGGUACUAACCCACAAAAAGCAUCCCCUGCAGGGUUUCUAAGGUUGAUCAAACAAAAUUUCCAAAGAAAGAAAACAAAAGAGUUCUUCAGAGACUUGAAAAAACCCUCCCCUCCCCCCUCUCUCUCCUAGAGCUAGGGUUUCAUAAUCAUGACCUCUGUCUCGCUAGAGAUGAAACCCAAGUAAGAUCAAUCUAUCUAUCUAUGAUCACUGUACCUUGGGGGACUUUGCCUAUUUUAGACUUAGGCAGAAAGUGGCAUCUGAUUGUAGCUAGACUUGGUUUCAGCCCUUCUGAUUUCACUUCUAAUAACAAGGUUCUCUUCAGGUGAUCUCUCAGUCUCUCUCUCUCCAGAAAUGGAGUCUAAAAACACAGACAACACAAGCAUGAUCUCCAUGGCGAGCAGCAACAACACAAUGAGCUCACCAUCCUCGGGCUCAUCUUCCUCGUCGUCGUCGUCCACUCUUAGCCGAUACGAGAACCAGAAGCGCCGCGACUGGAACACCUUUGGCCAGUACCUGCGGAACCACAGGCCGCCGCUCUCUCUCUCCUGCUGCAGCGGCGCACACGUGCUCGAAUUCCUGCGCUACCUGGACCAGUUCGGCAAGACCAAGGUCCACACUCACCUCUGCCCCUUCUUCGGCCACCCCAACCCGCCGGCGCCGUGCCCCUGCCCUCUCCGCCAAGCCUGGGGCAGCCUCGACGCUCUCAUCGGCCGCCUCCGCGCCGCCUUCGAGGAAAACGGUGGCCGCCCCGAAGCCAACCCGUUCGGGACUCGGGCCGUGCGGCUCUAUCUCCGUGAAGUGCGCGAUUCGCAGUCCAAAGCCAGGGGAAUCAGCUACGAGAAGAAGAAGCGAAAGCGGCCGCCGACCCAGCCGCCAGCGUUGCCUCCGCCAAGCGCUCAGUAAGCAGCCGCUUACAUGAAUGAACGUGUAGUAGUAAGAUUAAUUUUCUUGCUGUUUUUAAUUCCUUGGGAAACUUUGCUUAGAUUUCUGGGUAAUGAUGAACUUGUUUCUGUAAUGCAAACAGUGGCAGUUUGAGAACUUUUAGAACUGGUAGUGUGUGAAACAAGUGAAGUUCUAUAUAUGCGAACUUAUGUGCUCUUUGAAGGGUCCAGGGGCAUAUGUUCUUUUUUUAUUAAUAUUUCUGAAAAUCGUUAGUGGCCAUUGGCAAAUU